AUGACGAUUCGUCACUACCCCUGGUGGCCUCUUAGCAAGGUGGAAGCGGCAUGGCUGCAUUUUACCCUUCAUGUCCGGUGGAAAGAUCUGGAAGAUCCGAGUAGCUGGAAGUCGAGCCGUGGCGACGUAUCUACCCUCGAGCUGUCUCAGCCAUGCGCGGCUGAACUCAGCAGAGACCAUGCUAAAGGAGAGUCUUUGCUGUUAACAGAAGAGGAUGCCGAUGGACACGGCCCAGUGUGGUGGGCCACUGCAGUUAAGCGGGACAUCAAGCACAAUUUUGCCCAUUGGCUGAUUUUUGUCUUGACAUGCAUUGGCUGGAUUUUUGGCUUUAGCUUCCUCAGCAAGAGUUUGUGGUACUCAUCCGCAGCCAAUAUUGGAGGGGAGAAAAACCAGUCCGACCUGCAAUUUUACGGAUGCACAACAACGUACUGGCUACGGAAUGCAGACUGCGGACUCGACGGUCAGUCUUGUGUCCCCUUUGCUUCCAACGUCUCAGUUCCGUUCAGAUGUCCAAACGGAUGCAGUUCAACAACCCUAGGUGCAGCACGCGCUGUCGGAGCCGAAAUUAUCAACUGGAAGCCCCUCAUUGUCGGGGGAGGGGAUGUGCAGCAGACGUAUCGCGCCGAUUCGUGGGUAUGCGCGUCCGCCAUUCACGCUGGCCUCUUCUCUGAUUUAAAAGGAGGCUGCGGUGUGCUCAGCCUCGUCGGCACGUAUUCCGAUUACGAGGCCAAGGUCGCCAACGGACUAGGUAGCUUGUCUUUCAAUUCAACCUUUCCAAGUUCUUAUCGGCUUGAGCGCAUGGACAAUGGGACCGGCUGCUCUGAUGACCGGUGGAAAGGUUACUUUCUCAACGUUGUUCUCUCCUCCUUUGUUGGCUUUGUGCUGCAGCCGAAGCCAAUCGUCUUUUUUUGGCUCCUCGUCUGCCUUGGCUUUUGGCACGUCAACAUGAUCUCCGAGCCCCGCGAUUUCCCGCCUCCCAUUGGCGUCCCCUUUGGAGACUUUUUGCCAACCCUCUUCACGGCAUAUGCGAUUUGGAAGUUGGCAGUGCGCUUCGUUUGGCCGGCGUUCAAUCGCUUACCAAUAGAGCGGACAAUCUGGCAGCUCGGCUUCUACUGGCUCGGUACGCUGCUCAAUGUCGUCUUUGCAAGCGUGCCCCUCAAUCGGCUUGUCGCAUCCGACCUCCGGUCGCAACCAGGUGCUCUGACCUCGUUGAUCAUUAUUAUUAUCGUAGUGGUGAUCAUCGUCAUCAAUCAAUUGCGAGUCGUUCGCAAGACCGGUUAUCUCCCAAAAUACCUCACGCUUUACAUCACCGGCGGCAUCAUUGUCGGCAUACUUGCUGCUGUGCCAGGAGAGUCACUUCGUUUGCACCACUACAUCAUUUCUCUCGUGCUGCUGCCUGGCGCAGCUUUUCCGACAAGGCUCUGUCUAAUCUACUCCUCCUUCCUGCUGGGGAUGUUCCUUAAUGGUGUCGGCCGAUGGGGCUUCGACGGCUUGCUCCAGGAUGUUGCUACUGUUCGUGGGGAUGGCAUCAUCAGUUCAGACCUACCAAGCUUUGCUACGCAACAAGCCACUUGGGCUGGCGUGGUUGCAAACUCGACGAAUACUACAGCAUCGAGAGGCACCGUAACCUGGACACCUAUCCCGGUCAAUCUAACCAGCAGCUGGGACAGUUUCGCCUUGCUUGUGGAUGACGUUUUGCGCUACCAAGGCACGGCAACGUCGUUCAAUAUCUCUUCGAUCCUCUCCGACUACGAAUCAGACGCGGCCAAGAACUUGACCAAUUCGCUUAAUGAUGUAUCUGUCGUAUCGCUAUCUCAGCAACUCGCAUCGGAGCCGCACUACCUUCGCCUAGCAUACGUCUCGCAGGGUCAGUACGGAGAUUUCACCCAGGCCGCGACGGCAUUCUACAAUGGGACUUGGAUAGACGCUCCCCCUGGUGCAACAUAA